CUCAGAUUGCUCUCGGUCCUUAGCCCGGCAUCUUCAUGGUAACUGUGUACAUAGUGACCUCGUAUAAGGUUCUCUGAGGCAGAAGGUACAAAUGGACUUUGAUGAAGUUGCAAUAUAUUUUUCUGAGGACGAGUGGGAUUUUUUAACUGAAGAACAAAAAGAGCUUUAUAAGGAUGUGAUGCUGGAUAAUUACUGGACCCUUAGGUCUCUAGGAUAUGUUCAUGUGAAACCUUCACUUGUUACAAAGAUUGAGCAGGGUGAGGAGCCGUACGUGUAUAGUGAGUUGCAAAUCCCUAUGGAGGAACUUACCACUCAUACUAAAGAUCAUUACCAGGAAGGUCCUAAUGAAGGAGAGCGUGCAGAUGUUUCUUUCAGUCUCUUUCAAGAUCAAGGGAGCCCUGGAAGAAAUAAAUCAUUUCCAUAUUCUGAAUGUGGAGAUUUUUUUAUCCAGCAAUCAAGUCAUAUCACUUAUUGGCAUAUGCAUACAGGAGAUACAUUAUUUAAAUGUUCUGAAUGUGGUAAAUGUUUUACCCGUAAAUCACGUCUUUCUGUUCAUCAGAAAAUACAUACAGGAGUGAAAGCAUUUUCAUGUUCUGAUUGUGGGAAAUGUUUUAAUCGUCAAUCAAAUCUUGUAAGACACCAGGUAAUUCAUACAGGAGAGAAAUCAUUUUCAUGUUCUGAAUGUGGAAAAUGUUUUAACCGACAAUCAAAUCUUAUUACUCAUCAGAAAAUUCAUACAGGAGAGCGAGCAUUUUCUUGUUCUCUUUGUAUGAAAUAUUUUACCAGGCAAUCAAGUCUCAUUAGACACUUGAAAAUUCAUACAGGAGAAAAACCAUAUUCAUGUUCUGACUGUGGGAAAUGUUUUUUCAGUAAAUCCGAUCUUAGUAAGCACCAGAAAAUUCAUACAGGGGAGAAAACAUAUUCAUGUUCCGAAUGUGGAAAAUGUUUUACUCAGCAGUCGCACGUUAUUAGCCAUCAGAAAACACAUACAAGAGAGAAAGCAUAUUCAUGUUCUGAAUGUGGGAAAUGUUUUACCCUUCAAUCAAGUCUAAUUAGACACCAAAAGAAUCAUACUGAAGAAAAAACAUUUUCAUUUUUUAAAUGUGGGAAUUGUUUUAGUUGGCAACCAAAUAAUAUCACCCAUCAGGGUGUCGAGGCAGCAUUUUCAUGUUCUGAAUGUGGAAAUGUUUUCACUACAUCCAGAACGGAGUAAAUACAAAAGAACAUAUAGCAGAUUAUGACUUUUAUCUGUGGCACAUGUUACGUUGGUGAGCUCCCUGCGUCCAUGUUUGAGAAACAAAAACACAAUUUGUAUAGAUCAUCUCUAAAGCCAAAAUCAAUGUUAAAUACCAUAGUUGGUAGAUACUUUCUUUGGCAGUCAGGUGCCAAGUUGUUGACCAUCUUCCAUCAUCUUGCUGAGCUCAGUGAUGCUGGUUUAUUACUGUGUCUCAGGGAUGUAUGUUGGUUCCUGAUUGAUCCAAAGCAAUAUUGUGUUAUUGUUGAUGAAAGAUACACACUAAAUAUACUCCUAUAUUUUCCUGAUUAAAACUCACUUCUCAAGAA